AUGUCUAAGAUGGACAGCAUUACUCCUGUCACAGAUGGUGCGACUAUUCUGCCACCGUGCGAAAGAGCCACUAACCAGGCAAAAUCGGCUAGAUUAUGGAAGAGGGCAAAAGCCCAAUUAGAUUCUGAGUCAUAUCUCAGUGAUAUUGAGGAGGAGUCCUAUAUGGACAAUUCAGAAGAUCCAUCGGAUCCUCGUUCUGACUUUGGU